AUGGGACAUUGGACAGUUUAUGAAAGUAUACUUAAUUCAGAGUAUACUAUUACAAAAAUGAAACUUAAAGAGAAUCAAGGAGAAAAUUUGGAUAAACUAUUAAGGAAUAUGGGAAUUUCGCACAAAAUGUCGAAAGAAUAUUUUCCCGCCAUGGACGUAGAAGUCGCGAAUCGCUUAGCCGAAAUGAUAAAUUCAGAAGGUCCAAAAUAUAAAUUCGACAUACCAUUAUAUGAUGGUUGGGCGAAAUUUUAUGGAUAUAAGCUUCCAACAUUUUCUGCAAGUGAUGCUGUAUAUGGACUAAUAACCUUACUGAAAACUAAGCCGUCCGCUUCAAUUGAAUUUGGAGUUGAAAUUCAAUGGGUAAAUGAUUUUAAUGGAAGAUUUGAGUGGCUGAAUAAUUUUCAUACUGCUCUUGAUGCCUUGGACAGAUUUUUUCAAAUUAAUAAAAUGUUAAAACGACGUAUUCAUUAUGACUAUGAGACAAUCAUAAGUAAUUCAGAUUCGAAAGAUGAAAUUGAAUUGCCAAAGAAACAAAAGGCUGUUGAUUUUAAACUAACGUCUACCGAGCUAAAAGUCGCUGAAAGACCUGAUGUUGGAUUACGUGGUAAAUCUGUCGAUUUAAAGUGCAACUACCUUAAAAUAAAUACUUUGCCUAACGUAGAUAUCCAUCAUUACAAAUUUUCGGUUAGACCGUGUAUCAAAAAACCGAAAGCGCUAUUUAAAAUUUUUUCUCGAAUGUGUUUGGAUAAUGUAUUUGGUCCUGUACAUCCUGUUUUCGAUGGGAAAGAAGCUAUAUAUUCGCCUUCACAUUUAAAUAUUAACGCAAUUAAUGAAGAUGGUGAAAUUUACGUUGCGCUACCACGUGAUGAAAAACACGAAGAAAUUCGUACUUAUAACGCAAGAAUUGAAAAAGUUCAAAUAAUCAAUUUCAGAUUACUUCAAGAUUAUAUCAAUGGUCAAAGUCCACUUACAGGAGAAAUUUUAAACUGUAAUCAUGUUUUAAAUAUUAUUAUGAACUUUACUGCUCAUAAUAUGUUCAUUGUUGAUAUGGCAAGUGAAGAUUGGUCUGAUCAUAUGGCAAAAAAUCGAGUACCUGGAGCUAACCAAGGAUUUUGUCAAUCAAUGAGACCUGGAUGGGAAAAUAUGGUUAUUAAUGUCGAUUUUCAUGAUCCUAAUUUGAAGAUUCCGGCAGAAUCUUUAAUAAACGUCGUUGCAAAAAUACUAAAUAAAACAGAUGAAGAAUUGUUGUCCAAGACUUUGUCUGAAGAUGAAAUAAAGAAAUUAGAACGGACUUUAACCGGACUUCAGAUUAGAAUUGUACAUCGUGGUAACCCAAAAACAAAAUAUAUUAUCGAUGGUCUUUCAAAAGAAUUAACAAAAGAUAUCAAAUUUCGAGAUGAUAAAGGAUUUCUCGUAAAAGCUGUAGAUUUCUUUCCCCGAGAAUUCCAAUGGCCUCUUCGUUAUACGUUAUUGCCCUGUUUAAUUGUUAAAAAAAAAUUAUUUAUGCCAAUGGAUGUUUGUGAAGUUAUGCCAGGGCAAAAAUGGGAAUUUCAUCCCGAAGAUGAUAGUAUGCUUGGAAUGAUUAAAAUUUCAACGGAGAACCAAGCCCGUUUUCAACAUGUAGAAUCACGCGUUAAAAAUAUCUUAAAAUUUUUCAAUACCGAGAAUAUUAAAGAACUCGGAAUGGACAUUGAUAACCGCAUGAUGACAGUUAAUGGACGCGUUUUAAAUCCUCCUAUUAUUACAUGUGAUGAGGGUGGACAACAAACUGAAGUACAAACUGAAAAAGGACGAUGGACAUUCGAAAAUCAAGUCGUUAAAAUUGGAAAACCCUUAGAAAAUUGGUCUUUGGUCAUACUUUGUGGUGAACGCCACAAUCGGUUUGAUUCCAUUCAAGAGUUUCUUAAUCAAUUGUGUAAUAUGUUGAAUGAGAUUGGCUUGAACGUGAUUACUGUUCCGGAAGUUAUGUACGCUAAUAAACAAGGAAAUAUCGAGCAGGCAUUGGCAAUUGCGUAUCAAAAAGCUCAUAUCAACAAAAAAAUUUCACCACAAUUAAUUGUUUGUAUAAUGCCAACCCAUUCGAAACAACUUUAUUCAGAAAUAAAACGCGUUUCGGACACAGUUUUAGGAAUUCCAACUCAAUGUAUAACCGCAGAUAAAGUAACUUUUAAAUGGAAUAAGCAGUUGUUGGCAAAUAUUGGAUUGAAGAUUAAUGCAAAAUUAGGAGGACAUAAUUGGAGUUUAUCUAAGAGCGAUUUGAGUUUAAUAACAGAAGUUCCAACUAUGUUACUUGGAGCUGAUAUUUCUCAUCCAAACGUUUUGACUAAAGUAAAGCGUAGUAUUACGGGAAUGUGUGGUUCCAUGGAUUUGUCUGCGACAACUUAUAUUGGCCGCAGUAGCGUUCAAAAGGAAACACAUAAUCCGACUAUUGAGGUUCUCGAGGAAUUAGUCAGUGAAUUGUUAUUUAACUAUAAAGAAAGGAAUAAAGUUCUUCCGCAAAGAAUCUUAUAUUAUAGAGCAGGCCUUACGCCAAGUCAAUUCCGCGGAACUUUGAAUGCUGAAAUUAUAAGUUUAAAAGCGGCUUUUACUAAAACUUAUGAGAAAAACAUGCCAAAAUUGACAUUCAUAAUUGCUGAGAAAAGUAAUCAUACAAGGUUUUUGCCAGACAAUCCUCAAGAUGCAGAUAGAUUCGGAAAUUGUCAACCUGGAACCGUUGUGGACAAAGGGAUUGUAUUCGAGAAGGAAUUCGAUUUUUACCUUCAAUCUCACCCUGGAAUAAAUUCCAAGGCUCGACCUACGCAUUAUCACGUUCUUUAUGAUGAGAAUAACUUCAAUUCUGAUCUUAUUCAAUCAUUGACUUAUCACCUUUGUUAUUUGUCCGCAACAUGCACUCAUGCAAUUUCUUUCGUCCCACCAAUCGCUUAUGCUCGUAAUAUUGCAGAACGGGCUCGAAUGUAUGCAACAGCCGCAAAUACCGACUUAAUCAGUCAAUUCGAAGCUAUGGAUAUUGACGAUGAAAUAGAAACUAAAGAUAACGAGAAUCAAAGUUUCAUUGAAAUUGAAAAUGGAUCUAAUAAAGAACCAGAUUAUUUAUUUCCAUCUGUUUCUAGGUCAUUGUUGGAAUGGAGAAGAGAUGAAUUGCUUGGUAUUCGAACAUUACCUGCUAGUAAUUCAACUUUGGCGGAGAGAGCUAUCUGCCCAGGAGGGUUUAUUGAUUGUUUAAAUGGUGGUUGUUGUCCUAGAGGCUCAAAGUGUAUAGCUGACAACAAAUGCAGCAUUCGCUGCACUCCAGGUGCUCCACUUUGCAACGGCGGUUGCUGCCUGUUUGGUCAAGUUUGUGGUGGAAAAUUUUGUGUAGCAGGAACAAAACCCAAAGCACCAAAACCACCUCCACCAGCAGAAAAGAAAGCUCCCCCACCUCCACCAAAAGAAAAGAAAGCUCCCCCACCGCCACCAAAAGAAGAGAAAGCUCCCCCACCGCCACCAAAAGAAGUGAAAGCUCCCUCACCAUUACCAAAAGAACCGCAACCAAAAAAACAAGACUUACCAAGUGCACCACCGCCACCACCUCUUCCAUCGUUUUCACCAGCACCACCACCACCAUCAUCGCCACCAUCACCCCCAAAAUCACCUUCAUCAACUAAAGCACCCAUCAAAACACCCAAUAGCAGCGUUGCAGGAAGCCUCGCCAGCAGUGGGUCGACAUUUGGAUCAGCAUUUGGUUCAACAUUAGUCUACUCAACUGUUUUAGUUUACCUUAAUUUAAUAUAA